AUGGAACCCAAAACAAUGAAAGCAAUCGGAGUCGCCGAGUAUGGUUCGGUCGAUAAUUUCGAGUCUCGGGAUGUUGCACGACCGGGUUAUCCUGCAGGAAUGGAUGUUCUUGUGCAAGUCAAGGCCUGUUCAGUGAACCCCAUCGACACGAAAGUCCGCAAAGGGACCUACGAUGACGCUCCAGAUUACUACAAGUUUGCGCCAAAGGGCUUCCACAUCAUCGGUUUCGAUGGCGCCGGAACCGUUUUGGAAGUCGGGCCUCAAUGCACGAGUUUCAAGCCUGGCGAUGAUGUCUUCUACGUGAGCUCUACUACUCGCCAAGGCAGUACUGCAGAGUACCUCCUAGUCGAUGAGCGUCAUUGUGCUCCGAAGCCGAAAUCACUUGAUUUCGUCGAAGCUGCUAGUAUGGGUCUGACCUUCGGUACGGCUUACCAGUCUCUUGUUGACAGGUUGGAGAUUAAACAGAAUGAAAACGUUGGUAUUUUGAUUAUCAAUGGCGGAGGUGGAGUUGGAAGCGCUGCCGUUCAAAUCGCCAGGAAAGUUCUCCGACUUCCCAUUGUGAUUGCUACUGCAUCACGGCCUGAGACUAUAGAGUCAUGUAGGAAAAUGGGUGCUACCCAUGUUAUCAAUCACAGGGAGGAUCUUGAGGCCCAGAUCAGGGCGUUGAACGUGGAUGUCCCAAUCAGAUAUGUCUACGUGGUCGCAAGGACAGAGCAAUAUAUCCACGCCUUAGGCAAAAUCUGUGCACCCUUUGGUAAAGUAUGCUCGAUUGUGCAAGCCAAAUUCGAUCUUUACGGAACUGAUUUCAUGUCAAAGUCGUUGACUUUCUCGUGGGAUUGGCUUGGUUCGUCAGCUUAUCAUCGGACGAAUUUGGAGAAUUAUCAUCGAAUCUUCGGGACCUUGGCUCGUCUUGUCGAUGAGAGAAAGUUGGUGCCAAAUCUUAACAGACGUCUUAAGUUGACUCUUGCUGGACUGAAAGAAGCUCAUCGGCUCAUUGAGUCUGGCACCACUGUGGGUAAACUUGCUUUGGGGGUGGAUGAACCGGGUGAAGGUGCUCCAUUCGCGUGA